AUGGGCGUCGCUUUCCAGACCAUCGGCAUGAUUGGCUCGUUCGUGAUCGCCGGCUCGAUCGUCCCGCAGAUGCACAAGGUGUACAAGACCAAGAGCGCCAAGGACAUCAGCCUGCGCUUCCAGCUGCUCUACUGCUUCGGCAUCGGCCUCAUCCUGAUCUACGGCUUCGGCGAGAACCUCUGGCCCAUCUACAUCCCUGCGUCCGUGGAGGAGGUGGCGGGGCUCGUUAUGCUGGCUAUGAAGCUCUACUACGACCGCAACGCCACGAAGCCCGGCGCCUCUGGGGCCGACGACGAAAGCCACGCUCUCGAACUGGGCGCGUCCCCGCUCACGCGGCGGAGCGAGACCAAGUUCACCGGCGUCGUGCAAACCCCGUAA